AUCCUCAUUUCCUCCCUCAUUAAAUAACUCUCACGGGCAAAACCACGACUUGGGAGCAAAAGCCAAAAGCCUAUGUCUGCUCAUCUGUCCAAAACGGAUUCGGAGGUGAGCAGCCUCCCGAACUCGUCUCCGGCCCGAGGGGCCAACGUCGUCUACUACGUCCAGAGCCCAUCACGUGACUCUCACGAUGGCGAGAAGACCACUAACUCCUUCCACUCCUCCUCCACUCCUCCCGUCCUCAGCCCCAUGGGCUCCCCUCCUCACUCCUCUCGCGGCUCCUCCUCCACCCGCCUCUCCCGUCCCCACAAGGCUAAGCGGUUCGACUCCAUCGAGGAAGAGCGCCUCCUCGGCUCUGGCCCCGACCACGCUCUUACUGUCCGGUCUAGGCGGUUUUACUUUCUCGCAUUUGUCUCUGGUUUCUUCGUCCUCUUCACUGUCUUCUCUCUCAUCCUGUGGGCAGCCAGUAGACCUCAGAAACCAAGUGUCACCAUGCGGAGCAUAUUGUUCGAUCAGUUUGUGGUGCAAGCCGGUUCAGAUGGAUCGGGUGUGGCUACCAGUAUGGUGUCCAUGAACUGCAGCGUCAGGCUUACGUUUCUCAAUAGGGCGUCGUUCUUCGGGGUUCAUGUCACCUCGACCCCUCUCGAUCUCUCCUACUCGCAGCUCACUGUCGCCACCGGUUCGAUUAACAAGUUCUACCAAUCGAGGAAGAGUGAGAAAUCGAUGGUGGUUCAGGUUCGGGGACAGAAGAUACCGAUAUACGGAGGAGGGGUGGAGCUGGCGAGCGAGAACCGGGCACCGGUUCAGCCGGUUCCACUGACACUGAGCUUCAUGGUUCGGUCAAGGGCUUAUGUUUUGGGGAAACUGGUUAAGCCCAUGUUCUACAAGAAAAUCGUGUGUUACGUCACUAUGGAGCCCAGAAAGAUGAGCAUCCACAUCCCGUUGAAGAACAAAUGUAAUUACGAGUGAAAGUGUUUUAACCAACUCUUUUCGACGUGAUAUUGAUUUUUCAAAUAGAUCACUUUGAUAUGCAGAUUUCGUGGACGGAGUUGUGAUAUGUAUUAUUCAGAAUAUAGGUGAGAAAUUACUUUUCACCGUUU